ACGGGAGCUGCCGGCCGAGACGGGGCUUCACACGGGCUGGGUGGAGAACGGGGGGCUCUUCAUCGCCUCCAACAAGCAGCGCCUCGACGAGUACAAGAGGCUCAUGUCGCUGGGGAAGGUGUAUGGCGUGGAGUCCUACGUCCUGACCCCGUCACAGACUAAGGACCUGUACCCGCUGAUGAACGUUGACGACCUGUAUGGCACGUUGUACGUCCCCAAGGAUGGCACCAUGGACCCAGCUGGUACCUGCUCAACUCUUGCUAGAGCAGCAACUGCCAGAGGCGCUACGAUCAUCGAGAACUGCCCGGUCACCGGCAUCCAGGUCAGAGCUGAUGAUUUUGGGGUGAAGAGGGUGUAUGCGGUAGAGACGGCCCAUGGGACCAUCCAGACCCCCUGUGUGGUGAACUGUGCAGGGGUAUGGGCACGGGCCCUGGGCCGGCUGGCCGGCGUCCACGUGCCGCUGGUGGGGAUGCAUCACGCCUACGUGGUGACCGAGCGCAUCGAGGGCAUUCAGAACAUGCCAAACGUUCGCGAUCACGACGCCUCGGUGUAUCUCCGUCUCCAAGGCGAUGCCCUUUCCGUGGGUGGAUAUGAGUCAAACCCCAUCUUCUGGGAAGAGGUAUCUGAAAAAUUUGCUUUUGGCCUCUUUGAUCUGGACUGGGACGUCUUCAUGCAGCACAUCGAAGGUGCCAUCAACAGAGUGCCGGUGCUGGAGCAGACGGGCAUUAAAUCCACCGUCUGUGGGCCAGAGUCGUUCACAGCUGACCACAAACCACUCAUGGGGGAAGCCCCAGAGGUCCGAGGCUUCUUCCUUGGCUGUGGUUUCAACAGCGCCGGGAUGAUGCUGGGAGGUGGCUGUGGGAAGGAGCUGGCUCACUGGAUCAUCCACGGGCGCCCGGAGAAGGACAUGUACGGCUACGACAUCAGGAGGUUCCACCACUCCCUCACCGACAACAACCGCUGGAUCCGGGAGCGGAGCCACGAGUCCUACGCCAAGAACUACUCCGUCGUCUUCCCCCACGAUGAGCCGCUGGCGGGGCGCAACAUGAGGAAGGACCCCCUGCACGAGGAACUGCUGCGGCAGGGCUGCGUUUUCCAGGAGCGACACGGCUGGGAGAGGCCCGGCUGGUUCAGCCCCGGGGGAGCAGCCCCGGUGCUGGAUUACGACUACUAUGGCGCGUAUGGCCAGGAGCGUCACAGGGACUACACCUACAACCGGCUGCUGGGGGACGAGUACACCUUCGACUUCCCCCCCCACCAUGACGUUAUCAAGAAUGAAUGCUUAACGUGCAGAAAUGCCCUGGCUCUCUUCGACAUGUCUUAUUUUGGGAAAUUCUACCUGGUUGGGCCUGAAGCAACCAAAGCAGCAAACUGGCUGUUUACUGCUGAUGUGAGCAAAGCGCCAGGUUCGACUGUGUACACCUGCAUGCUGAACAAGCAGGGCGGCGUGGAGAGUGACCUGACCGUCAGCCGCAUCAGCCCAGGGGACCCAGCCUCUCCCUUGGCCCCCACCUUCGAAGGGGACGGCUACUACCUGGCGAUCGGCGGGGCUGUGGCCCAGCACAACUGGUCACACAUCACCGCUGUGCUGCAGGACAGGAGGUUCCAGUGCAAACUCCUCGACUGCUCGGAGGAGCUGGGCAUGAUGAGCAUCCAGGGUCCCCUGAGCCGCGUUGUCCUCCAAGAAGUGCUCGACACCGACCUCAGCAACGAGGCUUUCCCCUUCUCCACCCACAAACUCGCCACAGCCGCGGGAUGCACGGUCCGUGCCAUGAGGUUAUCGUUCGUUGGCGAGAUGGGCUGGGAGCUGCACGUGCCCAAGGCGGACUGUGUGAAGGUUUACCAGGCAGUGAUGCAGGCGGGUGCCCGGCACGGCAUCACCAACGCCGGCUACAGAGCCAUCGACAGCCUCAGCAUCGAGAAAGGGUACAGGCACUGGCACGCAGACAUGCGCUCCGAUGAUACCCCGCUAGAAGCAGGUUUGGCCUUCACUUGCAAGCUCAAGUCCAACAUCCCCUUCCUGGGCCGGGAGGCUGUGGAGGCUCAGAAAGCCAAGGGCAUCUUCCGCCGCCUCGUCUGCUUCACCACCGAGGAGAGGGUGCCAAUGUUCGGCCUGGAAGCAGUCUGGCGGGAUGGCAAGGUGAUUGGCCAUGGAUGGAGGUGGGAUGCUGGUGUCCCACUGGUACUUCACAGCAUCUCCUGAGGUUUUUACCAUGGUUCUGCUGUGCAGGUCUCCCUGGAUUUUGUGAAGAGCGGCAGCUAUGAGCUGGAGCGGAUGGGAGUGACCUACCCUGCCCAAGCACACACCAAAUCCCCGUUUGACCCGGACAACAAGCGAGUGAAGGGCUUUUACUGA